GUUGGUGAAACUAAGUACUUGGAAAAAUAUUGUUUUUUUGAUUAGCAAAAGUUAGGUUGAGUUAGUUGAAGAAGAUGUCUCGAAAACGCGAUAUUUCGCGCGAGGAGAUCGCUAAACAGUUUCUUUUGCCGGAGCGUCAAUCUAAAAUCGACACUCUCCUAAAGCAGGAUGGUCAAGCUUAUUGCAUUUGUCGCUCCUCUGACAGCUCCCGUUUCAUGAUUGCAUGCGACGCAUGUGAAGAAUGGUACCACGGUGACUGCAUGAACAUCUCCGAAAAGGAGGCUAAAAUGAUCAAACAAUACAUAUGCAUCCGCUGUUCAGAAGAAGAUUCGACUUUGCAGACCCGUUGGAGGACCAAACGAGACGAAAUCGGUGGUGCCAACACCAAUGCCGAUGAACGAAAAGCUCGCAAACGCAAGGAACGCGGUGAUACUAAAAACGACAAAAAAUUGAAAAAAUGCGGAGAUUGUAUGGGGUGUUACCGGACGGAGGACUGUGGGCGGUGCGACGUGUGCACGAGGCGGAGUCGUCACGGAUCCCCGCGUAACAAGGAGCGGUGCAAGCAACGGAUUUGUAUAAAUUACGGCGGGGGGAGGCGCAAAAGGCGUGACUCGAGCUCGGAUAGAGAAGGUCCGCCUAACGCCCAUCUCAUGACCGAUUAUCCGCGCCAAUGCUACGGCCCCACGUGUACCAACAGCGCCCGGUACGGCUCGAAGUACUGCUCCGACGAGUGCGGUCUAAAGUUGGCAACCAAUCGGAUUUUGCAAGUGUUGCCACAACGCAUCCAAGAGUGGGCCCUAAGUCCCUGCUCUGCUGAAGAGUCCAACAUCAAAGCUCUUGACCAAGUCAGGAAGCAACAAUUCGAAGUUAAGCAGAUUUUGCAAGAGUUGGACAGCCGUCAUCGCGAAUUGGAUGCCAUUAUAGAGCGCGCUAAGAGCGCCACUAUUGACCCCAAUGCCGAUUUCGACAACGACGAAGAGUCAGAGGUGUCGACGAUGUAUUGUAUAACUUGCGGCCUUGAAAUCCAUUCAAAAACGGCCAUCAAACACAUGGAAAAGUGUUUUAACAAGUACGAGUCUCAAGCGAGUUUCGGAAGUAUUUUUAAAACCCGAAUUGAAGGAAAUAACAUGUUUUGCGAUUUUUAUAAUCCCGCUAAUCGGACUUAUUGUAAAAGAUUAAGGGUUUUGUGUCCAGAGCACUGUAAAGAUCCGAAAAUCGGUGAUCAUGAAGUUUGCGGAUGUCCACUAGUCACCAACGUUUUCGAUUUGACGGGAGAGUUUUGUCGAGCACCGAAGAAAUCAUGCGUUAAGCAUCACGUUUGGGAGAAGUUGAGACGGGCCGAGAUCGACUUGGAGCGGGUGCGUCAGUGGUUAAAAAUGGACGAACUUUUGGAAAAAGAGCGCCAAAUUCGUAACAGCAUGGCCUCUAGAGCCGGAGUCCUCUCUCUAAUGCUCCACUCGACCUAUAAUCAUGAAGUCAUGGAACAAAUAACAAAAGCGAGUCAACAGGACCAGAAUGCCAUGCAAAGAGAGUUGGCUAAGAGAUUCCGCACGUCGAGUAAACCACGUUUCACGUAAAAUUUUUAUUUAAGAAGUGUACAUUGUUAUCGUUUGCUUGACUUCGGCAAUACAGUUUGUUUGAUCUCA